GACAGAGAAGACAAUGAUGGAUCAACCAGCCAACACCUGUAACCAAGAACCAGUACGAUCAGUCAUGUCUGAUCUACUUGUUUAAAGUUCAACUGUGUGGUUUCUCUUUUACCAAAAUAUGAUGUGACCUUUCAGUAUCUCUGCUGCUCACUGUUCAACCAGCAGAGAGCCCUGACAGCAGCCCUGAUGGCAGAGAGGAGGAGAAGCGCUUUGUGGACGUUAUUCACUGCAGCUGAUAAGGACACUGCCUCAUGAUGUGAGCAGUUUUUCUCAGACAUUUGCUACGGUGGGAACACCACUAAUGUACAGAAAAAUGUAAAAACCGUUCAGACUCUACUCAAGAGAACUCCGAGCUGCAAAAACCUCCGAAAGAGGAGGGAGGAGAUCCCCAAACCAGACCCCGACACAGAGACAGAGGUCUCUGCUUUCAGCCAAAAAUCAGGAAUAUUCAGAGAGACGGAGGAAGGUUUCAUUUCAGUGCAGAGAGACACGGUCAUGAACAGAAGGAAAAAACUACAGCAACUAAUUCACAUGUAAGGGUGACGGCUUCUGAUCUUGGUUUCUAACACUGUGUCAUCAUGGCCUCUUCACCAUCCUCCACAAAACCUCAGCUGUUUCAAAAUGACAUCAUUACCUUUCGUCCACCUAGGAUGUCUGAGAUGAGGCUUAUUCUGCUCGGCAACAGCUGGUACGACCAGAGUUCAGUCGCAAACUUAUUACUGGGUCCAAAUACGUUCAACACAAAGGAAGAACCAAACACCUCCAUCAGAGUCUCUGGAAUGAUUAUGACAACAAGAACGGUUCUGAUAAACACCCCGGACCUGCUCUGCCAAAGCAUCUCUGAAGCCAAACUUAAAGAACAUGUAGAUCUUUGUGUGAGUCUCUCUGCUCCAGGACCUCAUGUGUUUCUGUUGGUUGUUCAGCAGAACAUCACUACCCAACAAACCAAGAGGCUUCAUAGGAUUCUUGAACUCUUCAGUGAAGACUCUUUUAAGCAUUCACUGAUAUUGAUCUCAACACCUGGAUGGCAAACGUCGGGUUCAAAUUCCCCGUUUCACCAGACGCCUCUGCAGGAACUGAUCAGAAUGUGGGGAGACCAGUGGAUCAGGCUGCAACACAACCCUAAAGACCUGCUGUGGAAAUUAAGUCACAUUUUAAGAAUAGACUAUGGGAACCAUGUUAUCUGUGGCCAUCCAAGCCUGGAACCUAAUAAAGAACCUUUGGAUUCAUCUCUAAGCCUUGAGAAAUCAGAGCUGUACACUGUGGCAUCUGCAGCUGAUGAAGCAGAGAAAUCAGAGCUGUACAAUGUGGUAUCUGCAGCUGAUGAAGCAGAAGUAGACGUCAGAACCGAGCGACGCAGCCACAGCCUCAAGUUUAUUCGGCCAGACUAUUCUAAGCAGCAGCAGCCUCCACCAGUCCAACUUCCAGUGAAGCUGAUCCAGAAACCAGAACCCAGCAGCAUCCGGAAAACCUUCAAUGCAACGUUGGAAGUCCAUCAGCCGCAGCCACCAACCCACCUUGAUGUUACUGAGACUGACGUAGAACAAAGCGGCAGAGUUAAAGCCAUCAUGUCGAGGUGGCAAGAUCUUGAAGCCUCUCAGCAGCAGCGUCAGCAACCAAACAAGGUUCCUGUCAAGGAGAACAAGAAACCAGAACCAGGCAGCGCCUGGAAAUCCUUCAUGCCAAAGUGGCGAGUCUCUCAGCAGCAGCAGCUUCGAGUCCUGGUAUCUUUUAGGGAGACUGAAGAGGGAGAAACAAGCAGCAGCUGGAAAACCUUAAAUUGGGAAGGUGAUGAAGAGGAUCCAAACAACAUCAGAAUUAUUCUGAUAGGGAAGACUGGCAGUGGAAAGAGCUCAUCAGGAAACACCAUCCUGCGAAGAAAACAGUUUGAAGCCAAAUUAUGUCAAAAAUCAGUCACAAAGCAAUGCGUAAAGGAAAAGACUGAAGUAGACGGACGGUCGAUUUUCGUGGUUGACACACCUGGUCUUUAUGACAACAGUUUGAGCCCUAGAGAGAUUCAAGAGGAGUUGGUCGGGUGUAUUAAUCUUGUGGCUCCAGGACCACAUGUCUUCCUCCUGGUGAUACGGAUUGGCAGAUUUACACCAGAGGAGAAAGAGACGUUAAAUAAUAUCAAGAAAAUCUUUGGGAAGAAUUCGGAAAAGUUCACCAUCGUUCUUUUAACUGGAGGAGAUUCACUGGAGCGAGAAGGCCUCACUGUCGAAGAUUAUAUUAAAAAUGAUAGUGAAGAUUCCUUCAAGAAGCUGAUCAAUGAUUGUGGAGGAAGGUACCAUGUGUUUAAAAAUGGUGAUCUAGAAAACCGUGCUCAGGUCAGAGAGCUGAUCAGAAAGAUCGACACCAUGGUGAAGGUAAAUGGAGGCAGCUGCUUCACUAAUGAGAUGCUGCAAGAAGCUGAAGCUGCCAUACAGAAGAAAAUGCAGAAUAUUCUAAAAGAGAAAGAUCAAGAAAUAAAGAGGAAGGUGGAAGAACUUGAAAGAAAACAUGCAGCAGAAAGAGAGGCCUUGAAAAGAAGACUUAAUAAAGAGAAAGAAGAAACUGGACUUCAGAGAAAAUUACUGCAGGAAAUGGAGGAACGUAUCAAGAGAGAAAAUGAGCAGAGAAAGAAAGAGCAGCAAUAUAGGGAGGAAGAUGAGAGAAAGAGGAAAAUGGAAGAAGAAAUGGAAAAAAUGCAGUUGAGGGAUGAGCUGGAAGAUUUGGACAAAAUUAUGAAAUCAGGAUUAAAAGGUAGAGUUGCUGACCAAUCCCUGGAGGUAAGGAGACGAGAACUGGAAGAAAAACAAAAUCUGAUGGAGAAGCAACAACAAGAGUGGUGGGAAAAAAGACGUCAGGAAGAAAAACGGAGACAACUGAGUGAGGAGAUGAAGAUUAAUAAUCUCAAAGAACAAUAUGAAAAGGAGAAAGGAAAAUAUGAAAACUCUAAAAGGAUUGAAGCACACAUUCUAAGAGAACUGCAUGAGAAGGAGCUCAGAGAACAGGAGGAGAAGUACCAGAAAAAACUGGAAGACAUGAAAAAGAAAUUCUUUGAAGAAGUAAGAAAACAAGCAGAGAUGAAGGGGAUGUUCAAAGCCUUCGAUCCUUUCCUAUCAGUCCUUAAACACUUGGACAAAACAUGCAAAGUGAUGUAAUAAUUCAUCCCUUUGUGAACACAGUGGUACAUACAUUAAAAAACAGAAAAGGAGAAAUAAAACUACUGAUGAAUAAAUACAUCUAGGUGGAGGGUAUUAAAAACCUGGUGGUACUAAACCGGUUUUAAAAUCUUGAAUAACUGAUCUAGUAAACUAAAUGAUGAUUGUCUUUCAUUGUUGUAUGUAACUGAUAUCAAAAUGUUUAAACUGUAUAUAAUUCAAUUUUUUAAGAUGAAUCAGACUUUUAAUUAUUAGUUGAUAAAGUUUAAUAUUGUAGUAUUAAGAAAAGCACCUGAUCUUCUGACACUGAACAUAAACACUAUAAAUAACUAUGAAGUUCUUAUAAUUAAAUGUUUACAACAUUGUGAAAAAUGUAGAUGCCUGUGAAUGUAAGUGACAUGAAUCGUCUUUUUCUAUUAAAGCCUUUAAGCUGUGUCUGUUCUCACUGCAGGAUGUUGAGCUAAAAACUGCUCAACCAAAAGAUAAGUUUGAUUUAAUAAAUGGGUUUGGAAGACUGAAA